CGGCGUUUAGUGUGUUCAUAUGAUAUUCAAUCGUGAUUAUUUCCUUGUUUCUGGGAUAUGCUUUUCUCAAAAGGCGUGAAAGAUUUCCAGUCAUAUUCCGGAAUGGAGGCCCAAUAACCAGCCACUGUACAUCAUGUUUUCUGUUUUCCGCAAUCGGAGAAUCCCUCUUGGUGUACUUGAGCUUUGUCUUGUUUGCGAUGGGAAAUCAUCGUCUUGCCAUGUCUUGGGAGGUCGCAUGUCUAACUCCAUUGCACCUGACAUGCUGCUGGACUUCCGAGUGCCGUCAUUUCCGAAUUCGCCUUCCCAAUCUGAACGGAAAAGAGAGCAUACUGAAACUCGGACCUGCGUGCAGCUUCCAUGCCAAGUGGUAUCAGAAGUCGGAGUUGCGCAUUCCGCAUUGGUCAGCCCCGUAUGUUCGCGCAUUCUUCAGCGAGGCGAGCCUUGGCCGUCCAACAUUCCGACCAUAUCAUUACACCCAUUAUCCCUUAGCAUUUCCUCAGCAGCAGAACGCGUCAAGUGGUGAUUUCCCCAGCCUUUCUUGCAUGAUGCUCCCCUGGCUCCGACGAACUUCACUUUCGUCCAACACACCGUACCCCUGAACCCACGUCAAUCGUUGCACUCG